AUGUCGAUGUUACCAUCAAAGGAUGAAGUCCAAGCGUUGGUCAAGAGCCUGACUGAGGCCGCGGCGAACUAUGACGACUCACUAUCGAUGGAAGGCAUUGGAGCGCGGAAUACUAUUAUCAACCAAGCAAAAGAGCUCAUCAACACAGUGCGAAAUCCAUUCGACUCAGUAGACGCUCAAAUAGCCAACGCCAACGAGCUGGUCGCCAUCCGUACUUGUCUGCACCUCAAAGCGUUGCAUGCGAUAGCAUACCCUGGCCCAACUUCCCUGGACGAUAUCGCGAGUCAGACCUCGGCCAGUCCGCAACUGCUAGAACGACUUCUGCGUAUACUGGUGUGUACAGGCUUCUUGAAAUCGCCAGAGCCAUAUCAUUAUGCUCAUACCAAGCAUUCGCAUGCAUAUACGUUGAUGCCGGGUCCCGGCAUGUUCUUCCAGCUUGUGUAUGAUGAAUCGUUUCUCAUGAUCUCCAAUCUUCACAUGUAUCUCGCAGACAAAGGCUUCAAAGAACCAAUGGACGAGAGAUACAGCCCUUAUGCCUGGAACCACAAACAAGAAGGCACGCCCAUAUACGAGAUCAUGGCUCAGCACCCCGAACGUCUGCACGCAUUCCAAGCAGGCCUUGCACAUGCCGAUGCCAGCAUACCACUCCUUGGGUACUAUGACUUCGGACAACUGGGAGAGGGCGAUGAUGAUCGGGUUAGCAUGGUCGAUGUGGGAGGCGGUGCAGGUCAUGUAAUCGCACAGAUUCUCAAAGCGUAUCCUCAACUCGACCCAAGCAAGUUCGUCCUGGAGGACCUACCACCAGUCAUCAAGAAGGCGUCCGAAAAUGAGAACCUGCCAAAAUCGGUCCAGCGCAUACAACACAACUUCUUCACGGAACAGCCGGUCAAAGGAGCAAGAGCAUACUUCCUACGCCGAAUCCUCCACGACUUCUCAGACCCUUUCUGCACCGACAUCAUCUCCAAAUUAGUCCCAGCAAUGUCUCACGACUCCAAGAUACUGAUUGCGGACCUCCUGCUUCCGGAGCACGUCACACCCAACGACCUCACGCUCGCCUCAUUCGACAUCACCAUGUUCAACAUGGGUGGCAAGCAACGCACAGAGGCCUGCUUCCGGCAGGUACUGGAGGACGCAGGUUGUGAGCUAGUCAAGGUGUGGAAGAGCGACUCCGGCUUUGGCGUUAUUGUUGAGGCGCGACUGAAGGGCACGAAGGAGCGAGUGACCGAUGGCCCGCUUGAGACAGCUGCGCCAGCUGUACCGUCGACGGACGGGCCCGCUGAUGAGGUGACGGAGAAAUCAGAAGCAACGAAUGGCCACUUGGAAGCAGCACCUCCAGCCACUAACGGUCACACCAAUGGCGCAACAAAUGGUACUAAUAGUGGACAUGUGGAAGACGAUAUCAAGGCCGAGCCCGAACUGUCCAAAGAGCAGUCCCAUGUUGAGCAACAACUCCUCACCAUCGUCCGAGACGAGGACAAAUCCACCACCACAACCGACCAGGACCCAUCAAGCCAGGACGUCGAUAGCAAGACCGACUCAGCACAGCUAGCUCACACAUCACUACCGGACGCAGCACUGCAAGAUGCUAAUACUGGCUCAACUUUGAAAGAAGAACCCGUCCGUACAGCCACACCAGAUGUAGCCGAGCGAGCAGCUCCUCCUGCUUCUGCGGAGCCGGCGCCCGAAGCCACUACAGAAGAUAAGGAGCGACCGUCAACAGCCAACACCAAAGAGGAGCAGAUCAAUUCAGCGUUGGAAGCGGUUGCAGAAGCCACAGAGACGCGUGAUCUUGACAAACUCCAUGGAGAGUAA